AAACUUUCCCUUCAUUCACCCCUCAACUUGAUUAUAUAUAUUUUGAUUCCAAUUAACAUUUUAUUUGGAUAUUUUCCAUAUCAAAUUUUGAGACAUUUUCCAAGUCUCUGCAAUACUUCAUCUAGCCUUGAAGCUCUAUUAAUUUGUAAAUGGGAAAUGCUGUGGUCUUAGCACUGUACAUAACAAUAUGCUGCGUUGCUUUUGUUAUAUCAAAGAUCAUCAUUUCAGUCCUCCUCUAUAGGCGAUGGAAAAGAAGGCACAUGGUUUAUGAAGAUGGCUUCUCAGGUGGGAAGAUGGUGAUGUUCAGGUCUCCAAUGAUGCAGUCUCUGAAAUCUGAAGUGUUGUUGAAGAAGACACUGAAACUGAGCAACAAGGACAUCAUUGGGCGUGGAGGAUAUGGCACAGUUUACAGAUUAGCUGUGAAUGAAUCAACAGCAUUUGCUGUCAAAAGACUGAGUAGGGGAACUGCAGAAAGAGAUCGAGGUUUUGAGAGAGAGUUGGAAGCAAUGGGAGACAUAAAGCACCGCAAUAUUGUAACUCUUCAUGGAUAUUACACUGCUUCUCACUAUAAUCUUCUCAUUUACGAGCUCAUGCCUAAUGGAAGCCUUGACAGCUUCCUGCAUGGAAGAGCUGUGAACAAGAAGGGUUUGGAUUGGGCAACCAGAUACAAAAUAGCAGUAGGUGCUGCAAGAGGAAUAUCAUACCUUCAUCAUGAUUGCAUCCCUCACAUUAUUCACAGAGAUAUUAAGUCAAGCAAUAUAUUGUUGGAUCAGAACAUGGAGGCUCGGGUGUCUGAUUUUGGCCUGGCAACAUUGAUGGAACCAGACAAGACUCAUGUUUCUACAUUUGUUGCUGGAACUUUUGGAUAUUUGCCUCCUGAAUAUUUUGAUACUGGAAGAGCCACGGCAAAAGGGGAUGUUUACAGUUUUGGGGUUGUCUUGCUGGAGCUUUUGACAGGGAAAAAACCAACUGAUGAAGAAUUUAUGGAGGAGGGAACUAAGCUUGUGUCAUGGGUGAAGGCAGUUGUUGAACGUAAGAGGGAGGAGCAUGUACUCGACAGUAGCUUAGAAAAUUGUCCAGUGGAUGAGAUUAACAACGUAUUCAACAUUGCCUUGAUGUGUCUUGAACCAGAGCCCUCCAUGAGGCCUACAAUGGCUGAGGUUGUCAAGAUGCUUGAGAAGAUAAAAUCAGACACAGUUGUAACAGAUUGCUAAUCUUCUCUUAAUGACAAUUUCUACAAGCAAAGCUAUUAGUUUAAGACAUCUGUCCUGAUUGCCCUAGUGACCUAAGCAGCUUCUGCAAUUCUAUUGCAUUGUUAUAGAUUUAGGUGGUUUCUUUAA